AUGCAGCAGAACAAGCGCCUCAGAGAAUGGAAGGAGCUGGCUGCGUUUGAGAGAAAGCGCCACUCCUCACUAGAGAGGGCUUCUGAAGUGGCGGCACAGACAGCAGAGGAAUGGCAGCCUCAGAGGGAUCUGCUGAAGGAAGCGGUUCCUCUGGCUGUGCCAAAGGUUUGCCGGCGGCAGCGGCCAGCCCACAGGGGCCUGGAGAAGGUGCUCCAGGAGUUCUCUCGCCAAGGGCACACCCUGUCCCAGGUGUGCAGAGAGAAGGCGGUGCUGGCGCAAGAGAACGCUGCCCUGGAAGCCCGACUGGCAGCCACGGAGCGGGACCUACGAGGCCUUUCAGAGCAGCUGGCAGAGGCCAGGUCGGAGAAGGAGAGCCUGCAAAGCAGCCUGCUGGAGGCUCAGCAGCGCAUAUCGGAGCUGGAGAUGGCCAGGAGCCGUGUGGAAGCCCAAGUGCGCACGGCCACGCAGGCCAAGGAGGCGAUACUGGAGGACGUGAGGGGCCUUCGUCGUGAGCUGCUGGCUGUAAGAGCUCUCAGCCAGCAGCAAUGUGAAGACAUGGCUGAGCAGCUCCGCUGGGCAGAAGAGCAGUGCGGCAAGGCUCUGAGACUCUGGCAAUCUGCUCAGGAAGAGGAGAAAAGGAAGCUGGUGCAAGAACUGCAGAGACAAGUGGACCAACAACAUGUGAAGGCUCGGGAGCAGCUGGAGGAACGGGCUAACUUCCUGGCACAGCUCCUGCAGGAAGAGCAGCGUCAGAAGGCUGCUCUGUUAGCCAGGGUGUGCCAGCUGCAGAGAGAGCUGAGCCAAAAGGAGCAGCUGAGGCAGGAGCUGACUGAGGAGCGGGAGAAUGGGCAGAUGGACGCAGGAUCACCCAUCAAAGGUGCCGCAGCAGCAGCAUCCUGCCAAGAGGCCUCCUGUCUGCAGCCUGGAAACCGGAGCAUGAGCAGUUCACGCGGCUCAAGCCAGGAGAGAGAGAAGCAGCUCCUGAAGCUGCUGAGUACGUCCCGUGGAUUUCUUGUGCAAUCGAGCAUAAAGACAAGACCAGGGAUUGUGUCCCCAGCAGCAGAAGGCUGCCACCUAGCCAGUGACCCCGUUGAAGGUGUGUGUGCUAGUCUGGCCAAAGUGAUGAGAACACUUGGCUCCUAG